CCGGGGAACUGGAGCUGGGUUCACGUUUAUCCCAAUCUACCUGCCUGUUGUGGGGACAGCGAGGAAAAGCUCAGUGGAGUAAAUGGCUGACUGCAAAGCCAAACCAGCAAGCAGCAAUAUGGACCAACUAUCCACCAAGAUUCAGAAUGACCGGAUACAGGAGAAAGCAGCCAAACGACGCGUGUCCAAUUCAAAUGGCACUAAUGGUGGGGCUACCACACCUGAUGAGCUCAGUGACCUCGAAGAGACCUUUAGAAAAUUUGCCAUUCAUGGAGACACGAGAGCUACAGGAAGAGAGAUGAAUGGCAAAAAUUGGUCAAAACUAUGUAAAGACUGUAACGUCACUGACGGGAAGAAUGUGACGAUCACCGACGUUGACAUUGUGUUUUCCAAAGUCAAGGCGAAAUCCUUUAGGACUAUUACCUUUCACCAGUUCAAGGAUGCCCUUGAAGAGCUCGCACAGAAGAGGUUUAAAGGGAAGAUCAAGGAAGAAGCAAUCCAGGAGAUUCACAAGUUAAUUGAAGGGAAGUCCCCUGUCAUUUCAGGGAUAACGAAAACUGUGCUAUCUCCCACAUUAUCACGACUUACAGAUACCUCAAAGUUCACUGGUUCCCACAAGGAAAGGUUUGAUCAAAGCGGAAAAGGCCGAGGAAGAGAAGGCAGAGAGUACUUGGUUCAAAAUACUGGCUACGUAGUGGGAUACAAACACGCUGGCACAUAUGACCAGAAAGUAAAAGGGAGUAAACAUGAUUAGAUUCUUUUCCAACAUAUAUAUCACCAUUACUGUGAAUGUAUCUACUUCCAAUGCGCCUUGGCAGAACAAAUCAAAAGUAGGAAUUCAAAUCGUUUAUUGUUUAUUUCAAAGCAUUUCUAGUUGGUUCGAAAAAUCAUUCACAUUUAUUUCAGAAAGGCCAUAACCCCACCCAUACUCCCAAGACCCUGCCAGCAUCAUUGACCAACUGUGGAAAUUAUUGUCACUUUUGAAUGGCUCUUGAUAAUCAAGUGCAGUCCAGCCUUCAUUGAUGGCCCUUGACACUUAAGCAGAGGACCAAGCUUUGAACGGACAACUCUGAAUAGCUCAAUGUCAUAAGCAUUUGAACAGGUUCAUCUUGCUGCAUUACUGUCAUUUCUUCGGAUGGCUUUCAACUAAUUGUGUGUUAAGAACUGGAACUUACGUUCGGUCCAAAGAUCCCUCCGUUACAAGAUGCCUCUUCCUACAGCAAUUGACAAGACAGAGACAGGUGCCCAAGUACUCUGUUUCAUAAAAUCCUCAUUCAAAGUUGGUAACGAAACAUCAAGCUAUAUCUUGUAAGACUGGAUUCUCAUUCAAAAUGCUAAAUGGAGAUGAAGACAAAGGAAAGAUGCCAAAAUGGAAGAGGCAAAGAAGUGUCAGUCUCAACAUGUCAGGUAUAAAUGUGUGUCCUCUUUGAUAGUCCUGUUGUACAAAAUGUCCUUCUGAUUUAGGUGGUCAGUGGGAAAAGAAAAAUCUCACCACAAAAUUGUGAAAAUUGCAUUAUGGCAAAGAAGCUGUUGGUGAGAAGGCACCUGCAGGCAUCACUUUAGCAAUACGCAGUUUUCUAAUACAGAUAAACUGUUGUGUUCCUGAAAGAUGAGUUCGACAUGAAUGAGAUGGGAUCCUUUGACUGAGCUGCCACAAAUAGCAUUUUGCCAGCCCAAACAAAAACUUCAGUAAUACCUUAAAGUAUAAAGAAUCACCAGGAUCAGCCUUUUGUAGAAAGCAGGAUGGGAGCUAACGAAACAAGUGAGCUUGAAAAGUGACUCGCAGGCACCAAAGAACUGCUGUGACUGAAUGGUUUUUGUUGUUGGUGGCAGGGACAGGCAGCAUGUUGAAGUAGUGCAUGAAGAACAUUGAACAAUCUGAAGGUAUGGAUCAGUCAGUGAUGGGUUAACCAACAAGGAUGGUGCAGAUGAAUCGCACCCUCAGUAGCAUCACAGACUUGCCAAAAUCCUAAUACCUUUCAGCCAAUGGAAUUGGGAUAAAAGACAUUCAACAGUUGUAAUGAUUCUCAGUUGGAUCCUGAAACGUUUACUCUGAAAGAAAAUAAGAGUGGAGAUUGAUGUUUCUGUAUCCUUGCAGAAGUGAGUGACUAAGCUGACAUAACAUCAUCCUCUGUCAAAACAAUUACACUGUUUUGUUGUGCAACAUAGAUAGGAAUUGUCUUACUCUUUUUCUCUAGACCCAGUUCAGUUUUGAUUGUAACAAUGUAGAAUCUGUUAAAUCCUGAACUCGAUUCUGCUUCUAAAAAUGUACAAUUGGCACACUUCCUUAGGUUUCAAGAGAGACAUUUAUUGACUGAUGAUUCUGUUCAAGGGAAUAGAAUGUAUAACUGCCAUUAUGAAUGUGGUAGUGGUGGACCUUGUAUAAUGCAUUCUUGCCUCACUCUGCUCUAAUGAGGGAUUGGAAACUGGCACUUAGUCACCUUCUUUGUUCCCAGCACAUUCCAUUCCACUUUUAUUGUAUUCCAGUAAAGCUGCCUUCUAUUCUUAAGCUAAGAGCUGCUUAAGAGUAUCUCAGUGAAUUAUACUCUCUGUACACUUCAGAAGAUUGAUUUUGCAUUGUGUGGAAUGGGCCUGCCAUAGCUGCAAAGACAACAAAUGAAUGAAUGAAAGUUUUAGCUGAUUCCCUUCCAAAGACUUCACCUUUGAUAUCAUGUAAGUGCACAGGCAGAGCCCAGUUUAUAAAUGAGAUAUCGGGGGGAGCAUUGAAUGAAGAGUUAUAUAUGCGAAGACUUUAAUUGACACUUUAAUAACAAGGAAUCAUGGCUAUGAUUUCAAAGUUUUAUGUUGGGUUGGUCAAAGUCUAACCAGUUGCUUCUGUGCUGUUGUGAACUGCUCAUAAUAUGUACAAAAGAACAAGCAGCCAGUAUUCCUUAUCAGCUGAAAAUAAGUUUUAUUGUGAUACAGAGAGUUUGCAGGAGUGGACUGCACAUUCCAUCACACACAGCUUGGGAGCACUUCUUACCUAACCACCGUUCUUUGACAUUUCCAAAGAUGAAGGUUAUCCUUUUGAACCAUGGCCCAAAAUUUUAAAUAUUAGUUAAAAUGAAGUAUGAUGUUCUGCUCAGUCAGAUGUCUUCUUUCAAUCUCCUAUUUUCUCUUACAUCUACUGUUUUUUGUCCUCAAUCUUCUUUGGAUGACACAUUCAAUCCAUGAGUUUUUCCAUAGCUGUUACUAUUCCUCCAACAGUUGCCUGGGAGGAAUUAAAGGUCUCGUUGCCAAAAGGCAAGUUUCCUCUGCAGUGGAGGUAUCGCAGUUUUGAAGAACUGGCUCAACUUGUCCCAAUGUGGCAGGAAUGUCUGGGCUACCAUUUGAUCGAGUAACAGGGGGUCUAUGGUGCUAACAUGAGACAAAAUAUCUUCAAAAUUUUUAUUGUACAAAAGAAAAUUCAGCACGCAGGGUAAAAAGAAUGAAAUGCAGCAGAAAUAUAGAGAUUUCAGUGUGUUGUGAUACUUCGUAAAAGGCUUCAAACAUUGUUCUGUGUUGAUUAGUUAUGCUGAAAUCAAAUAUAUAAUUUGUAUGUAAAUAGCCAAUCUCAGCAAUGCACAGGCCUACAAUGCAGUAGUAACUGCAUUAAAAAUUCCACGUCGAAUAAUCCUCAGUAUUGAUCAUUGUUCCAUUAAAACUGACAUCUUUAUCAUUAAUUGGAUCACACUCUAAAAUUAAUUACUUAAUGUAUACCUUUAAGCUUAGUAAAUUUUUAACCUAGCAAAUCCUGACUCCUACCAAUAUAUAAAUAUAGUUCAGAUUGUGCACUUUACUAUAAGGUCGUUACUAUUCACAGCACAGCUAAUUGCUGCUUCUUCAAUGGUUACCAAGGCACUUAGGAUAUACUGCUGAUAUUUGCGGUUUUGUUGAAUUUGGGUUAGUUUCUGACUUGUGGUCUAAUAUGCACUGUAGAUUUAAUUUGCUGUUUUAUUACAAUCCAACCGUCUAAAUAUCUCUCAAUUAAUGCUUGAUAACAAAUCAAGAAUUGCAAUUGUAGCCUUAAGCUUUCCAUUGUACAUAUUGCCCGAGGCCAAGCACUUUAAUCAGUAUUCUGUUCCUCCUUCACUAAACUGCAGUGGAAAGGACAUAUGUGGUCUGAAGGUCAAGAGGGCUCAGAGGAAGCUAUGGGUGUUGUGAAUAGUUCUUUCUCUAUAGAAUUACACUCUUAUUUUUCUACAUUGCUCGCUCCAUCUAUGUAUCAGAGGCUGUCAAAUGUUGUCACAUUGUAAAGCUAGACUGACUAAAUUUUGUAAGAAUGAUAAUGAAAUAAAAUCUAUUUGCAAAGCGA